GCGCGCGGAUCGACCUCGUCUUCGCGUCGCCGCGGCCCGCGACCAGCAACCCAAACCACCUCGCCUUCCCGUCCUUUUACUUUGCAUCGCCGGCGGGCGACGCGCCCCCGCCCCAAGAGCCGCACGGCUCCACUACCGCCGUCGCUGCCGACGACGUGGCCAUGUUGGAGGAGACUGCGGCGCUGGCGCCCUAG